GCUCCUUCCUGUCCUCGAACCCUGAGGGUCGGGGUCGCCGUCAGCCCCGGAGCUCGCCGCCUGGGCAUUGCCGAGAGUCCAGCGGCGAGUGAACCGGCACUCGCGCGGGGUUUUGUCUUGAGAAAUUCUAACUUUGCAUAUCUUUUUUUAAUGCAGAGGCCAAUAAUCCGCUAUGGAGCAUGCCUUUACCCCGUUGGAGCCUCUGCUGCCCACUGGGCAUUUGAAGUACUGCCUUGUAAUUCUAAAUCAGCCUCUGGACAAAUGUUUUCGUCAUCUUUGGAGCAAAGCUCUUUUAAGAGCCUGUGCUGAUGGAGGUGCCAACCGCUUAUACGAUCUCACAGAAGGGGAGAGAGAAAGCUUUUUGCCUGAAUUCAUCAAUGGAGACUUUGAUUCUAUUAGACCUGAAGUCAGAGAGUACUACUCUGAUAAGGGAUGUGAGCUUAUUUCAACUCCUGAUCAAGACCACACUGACUUUACCAAGUGCCUUUUAGUGCUCCAAAAGAAGAUAGAAGAAAAGGACCUGCAGGUUGAUGUGAUCGUGACACUGGGAGGUCUUGCUGGGCGUUUUGACCAGAUUAUGGCAUCUGUGAAUACCCUGUUCCAAGCAACUCACAUCACUCCUUUGCCAAUUAUAAUAAUCCAAGAGGAAUCGCUCAUCUACCUGCUCCAGCCAGGAAAGCAUACAUUGCAUGUGGACACUGGAAUGGAAGGUAGUUGGUGUGGCCUUAUUCCUGUUGGACAGCCUUGCAAUCAGGUAACGACAACAGGCCUGAAGUGGAACCUCACAAAUGAUGUGCUCAGUUUUGGAACACUGGUCAGUACCUCCAACACCUAUGAUGGGUCUGGUGUGGUGACUGUGGAAACAGACCACCCCCUCCUCUGGACCAUGGCCAUCAAAAACUAAGGGGCACCUGGCACCAGGCGUGCUUCUGCCUUACCUCGUUCGUCAACGGUUUAUUGCUCAGCAAAAACAGUUCACGUGGGUUUGCAGGACUCUAAACCUCUCCAUGGGAAGCCAGCUAGUUUUAAGAUGUUAAUGUUUAUAUGAUCCAAGUGACAUUAUAAAUAACAGAUUUCAACCUUGCCAUCAGGGGAAAUUACGGAAAGUAAAUAAGGUCUAUCCCGUUCAGUGAGAGGUCUGAUGUGAUUAUUCCCAUUAUACAAUCAAGUACUGAUUUUUCUUGCAUUUUUAAUCAUCCUAUUUAUUUUAGAAAAUUAGUUUAAAUUUGGAAUAAGAUAAAACGGUUCAGUUCCUGUAGAAAUCUAGUACAUCCUUAAAUGCCUGAUAAACAAGGGUUAACGCGGAGUGUCUUCUAAUACUACAUUUCUCUGUAUAAUGUACAUUACCUGUAACUGGAAAGGAAAUUCCUUCCAGAUUGGGAUGUAAGAAGGGAAUCAUUUCACUCUGGUCUUAUUACUACAUUCGAUAUUGUCUUUUAAAAAUAAAUCAAGAAUCAUGGACCUUAUUGUUAUAUUUGAAAAUGGAUAGUUAAGAAAGCUACAGGUGAAAAGAGAAGUGCCAUGAAAAACAGUGGUAAUUCGUGAAGCCCUUCUGGUAUGCUAACCCUCAGAUUCGAAAGUUAGUAUGCAAAGCUCUACUGAGAGUCUUCAUCACCAUCACCCUCCAGAUUGGAGAAGCUGUGCAGAGGAACUUCAGCAUAAAAAUGGAAUUGUUUCUGACCUACCUCAGACUGAAAAUGAAAUACUGGUUCCUACCCUGCAAGUUUCUUGAAAUUACUAGAAAAUGGAUCUCUCUGGGGAUGAACGAGCAUCAUGCACUAAGGAGCCUCUGUCUGAAGCUUGUGUUCACGCCCCAGUCUGUCACUCGCCCAAGUUCCCCAUGGACCCCCUCGGUUAGCUGUGAAAUGAUUGUCCGCGUUCCCCACACGCAGCCCCUACACAGCGACACCUAGCGGUGGGAAGGCAGACGACACGCGUGGUUACCGACUUGCCGGCUUACCAACCUGUGGCCUCCUGUAUUCAUGUUUCCUUCACAAGGAGAUCUCUUCUGUCUUCUUCCUGCCUUUGUCUAGCUCAUUUGCUAAGCCAAAUGUUGCCCUGAAAACCGUGACUUGAGAUCACGCUGCGCCCCUUUCUGUGCACCGUCCCUCACGCCGCUGUAGGGAAGGUGGCAGCGACAGUUUUCUUCUUGGUGCUACGAAGUGAGGCUCAGACUCAGGCCAAGAAUGAAAGGGCGUCGCUGAACCAGGGUACGAAUCCAGACCGUUAAUCAUUUGAAAUCAGUUUUAAAUUAUUUUAUGCAAAUAUAUGUAAAAUUGAAAUCCAGAUAGCAAAUAAAAAUAUUUAGUUAACGAUGUGCAUGUCUGUGGUCAGAUUUUUUUUUUAAAUAGUCCAUUUUCUCAUCUGUAUUCCACUGUGACCAAUCUCUCAGAAUUGAUGUUUCUGUGCAAAAAGAAAAGAAAAAAUUGGUCCAAAGAUGGUGAAUCACUGUGGUAGUUUUCCCAUGUGAUCUCAGAGAACAACCCAGGACUAUGAGGUCCCUCCCUCCUCGCUUUCCAUGGAACAUUCUCUAGGACACACAAGUCGGUGUUCCUUACCCCCUCUAUAAAGUAGGUCCUGCAUUGGCACAUGUUUACCUUGUAGGAUUUAAAAAGGAAGACAAAUUACUUUCAAGGGUGUGUAUAUGCUGGAGGGAAAGGGCCAAUAGAGAGGCAGAAGGAAAAGUUACAGUCGAGGAAAUGAAAAAGGUGGAGGAAGGACCCUGGGAGAAGAGGAGACAGGAGGAGCGUGAGAUCGCAGCAUCAGCUGCAACAUAACCCCAGUUCUAGCCUUUCUGCAUCUCCACACAAAUUGUGACCCCAGAGCUUCCGCCCAGACUCUGCCAGCCUUCCUAUUCACAGUGGAAACUGUUAGGAAUCAGGGGAACGAUCAGUCAACUCCUGGACCCUUCACUGACUGACCCCUUCAAGUCAGACCCUCCUGCAGAAAAACUGACUUAAGAACCCCCCAACCACUGCCCCACGCAUGCACCGGAGAGACUCGAAUGGGCCCGCAGGCG